UUUCGGCUGCCUCUUCUACGGCAGUGGCUCUCCAUGGCCGGCCUCGAGCCUGCGACUGCGCGCAACCUGCUCCGGCGGCUCCGCUCGCCGGGCUGCUCCACCUUCCUCGUGCCCGGCGGCAUCGCCGAGAUGUUUCUCAACGACCCGGACUACGAGGUCGUCCAGCUUGCGAACCGGAAGGGGCACGCGCUUCGCGCCGGCUCUCCCAUCGUGCCCGUCUACAUCUUCGGGCAGACACAGCUCUUCUACACCUUCUCGGGCCGGCUGCAGCAGCUGAUGCGCCGCCUCUCUCGCGCGCUGCGUGUCUCUCUCAUCCCAUUUGUCGGCCGCUCGUGGCUCUCCCCCUUUGUGCCGCUGCAGAACCCGCUGACCGUCGUCGUCGGCCGGCCAAUCAAUCUGGACGUGGCGCCCGUGGAGGCGCCCACCGCCGAGCAGAUCGACGCGCUCCACGCCGAGUUCACCGCGGAGCUGCAGCGCAUCUUCGACACGUACAAGGGCCGCCACCCGGGGUACUCCAACAAGCGCCUGUACGUGGCGGGCGAGGACGACGUGACGCGGUGGGGAGAGGAAGAGGUGGAGGCCAUCCGCGAGCGGCGGCGGCUCGAGCAGUUUCACCUUUUCCCCGCCAAGCUCUAA